CACUGUAUUUUCAUCGACAUGAGCUUUGAGACAGAGUCCAAGAAGCUUCACAUAGCCUUCUUUCCAUGGCUAGCUUUUGGUCACAUAAUCCCAUUUCUCGAGUUUGCCAAACACAUUGCUCAAAGAGGUCAUCGUGUUUCCUUCAUAUCAACCCCAAGAAACAUCCAACGCCUCCCAAAAAUCCCUCCAAACUUAGCAUCUUCGAUCGAUUUGGUCCAAAUCCCACUUUCCCACGUCGAAAACCUUCCCGAAAACGCAGAGGCCACCAUGGAUGUAACAGUUGACCUAAUCCCCUACCUCAAAAUAGCUCACGAUGGACUUGAAGCUGGUAUUUCCAACUUCCUCGAGACUCACACUCCGGAUUGGAUUAUUAACGACUUUACCCCUUACUGGCUACCAGCACUAGCUAUCAAACUAGGCAUCUCACGAGCCCAGUUCAGUAUUCUCAACGCCUCAGCUCUAUGUUUCUUUGGACCAACAUCACCGGACCAAAUAAACCGCUAUGGUCUUAGAAAACUGCCCAAGCAAUUCACUGUCACUCCCCAAUGGAUUCCCUUUCCUUCGAAACAGUUUAUGAAGCCUUUCGAGACCAAGAGAAUGUUCCAUGCUGUGAAACCAAAGUAUGCUUCUGAUUCUGAUUCCGGGGUUAACGAUUGGGUUCGUAUGACCUCAACUAUUCAAGGUUGUCAGGUCUAUUUUGUUCGAACCUGUAGAGAGAUCGAAGGGGAGUGGCUUGAUUUGCUUCAAGACCUCCACCAAAAACCUGUAGUGCUUCCGGCCGGUCUGCUCCCACCGCAGUUACAACAACAGAGGAGUGAAGAUCAAGAAGACCCUAGAAUCGCUGAGUGGUUGGAUAAGCAGGAGAAGGGGACUGUGGUUUAUGUGGCAUUUGGAAGUGAGGUUAAUCUAAGUCAAGAAGAAUUCUCGGAAUUGGCUCUUGGGUUAGAGCUUUCUGGGUUUCCUUUCUUUUGGGCAUUGAGGAAAUCACCACAUAGUGAGGAUGGUGACUCGGUGAAGUUACCGGAUGGGUUUGUGGACCGAAUAAAUGGUCGUGGCGUUGUCUGGACAACUUGGGCUCCUCAGCUCAAAAUAUUGUCCCACGAGUCGAUUGGCGGUUUCUUGACUCACUGUGGUUGGGGUUCCGUCAUAGAAGGUCUGCAUUAUGGACGUCCUCUUAUCAUGUUUCCAGUCUUAUAUGAUCAAGGGCUUAAUGCUAGGUUUUGGGACAAGAAGGUUGGGAUUGAGGUACCGAGAGACGAAGAGAAUGGAUCGUUUACCAGGAACACGGUGGCUGAGUCACUGCGUCUGGUUGUCAAGGAUGAGGAGGGGAAGGCUUACAGAGAUGUUGCCAAAGAGUACAGUGGGUUAUUUGGAGACAAGGACCUUCAUGACAGAUACAUGGACAAAUGCGUGGAGUAUUUGGAAAACAAAGUGACUAAUGUUUGAAUGGAAAAUAAGGUUUUUUAGGCUUAAUUGGUUUGCAAGUGCCUUAGUUUGGAUUGAUUUUAGGCCAAGUUAUGAAUAAUGGUCCAUACUCAAGAGUUAUGAUGCAAUG